UUUUUAACAUUGAUUUCAUUUUUGCAUUGUAUUGAUUAUUUAAUAUUUUUUUCUUUGAAAGUUUGAUUGCCAAUUCCUACCGUUAUAGGCCCAAAUUUGUUAUUUUGAAGUAUUAACCUUAGGCCUAACAAUAACAUUAGUAACACAGUAGGCCUAACUAGCUUAAUUCAACUUUCAAGCCAACGUGAGCAUUCGUUAUCGUGCUAGUACUACUACAGCAAGUUGAAACGGGUAUCUUGGUCAUACAGUAACUGAGAAAUUUACUCAAAAUGUCCAGUGAAGAUGAUGAGGGAUAUGUUCUUCGUGUUCGUGGACUUCCGUGGUCAGCAACUAAAGAAGAGAUAAUGAAUUUCUUCUCCGGUGUGAAGAUUUGUGGAGGAGAAGAUGGUAUACAUACAACUUUGUCUCGAGAAGGAAGGCCAAGUGGAGAAGCUUAUAUUGAAGUUUAUGGUGAGAGUGAUGUGAAAAGAGCAUUAGAGAAACAUAAUGACCAUAUGGGACAUAGAUAUAUAGAAGUUUUCAGAUCCAAGAGAAGUGAAAUGGACUGGGUUAUAAAACGGACAGGAGCUCAUCAACAGGAUGCUUUAAAUGAUGGCUGUGUGAGACUCAGAGGGCUCCCAUUUGGGUGUUCGAAAGAAGAGCUUGCCCAGUUUUUUGCAGGGUUGGAGAUUGUUCCGAAUGGGAUCACACUACCAACAGACAUCCAGGGGAGGAGCACAGGGGAGGCUUAUGUGCAGUUUGCUUCUCGGGAUAUAGCUGAAAAGGCGAUGGGGAAACACAAGGAAAAAAUUGGGCACAGGUACAUAGAAAUAUUCAAGAGCAGCCUUCAGGAAGUAAAGACUGUGGUAGGAAUGGGUCAUCCUAAAAUGAGAACACUAAUGUCAGCUAGGCCAAGCCCCUAUGACAGAAAUGAUAGGUUUAGCGGUCUUGGUAGCCGUUUUGGGCUUAGUAGAGGCUCUCGCAGUUUUAGAGGCUUCAUGGAUGACGAUAACUAUGGGGAUUUUGGAAAUAGCUAUGGAGGAUUACCAAGCAGAGGAGGAAGGAGUAUGGAACCUAUGGAUAGUAUAGGUGGACUGGGUAGCAGGUUUAGUAGCAACAGCGGAUUUGAUGGAAACAGGUUUAGCAGCAACAAUGGUUUUGAUGGAAGAAGAAAUGACUAUGGCCCUUCAGGGCACUUUGUUCACAUGCGUGGUUUACCAUUCAGAGCUAUACAACAAGAUAUUGUUGAUUUUUUCAGACCACUGAUGCCUAUUGGGGCUCAGAUACUCUAUGACAAGCGAGGAAGGCCAUCAGGAGAAGCUGAUGUGGAAUUUGCUACUCACGAAGAGGCAGUUAAAGCAAUGAGCAGAGAUAAGGCAAGAAUGGAACACCGUUACAUAGAGCUAUUUUUAAAUUCAACCCCUGAACCAAUGGGAGGUGGUCCUGGUGGCUUUGGCAACAGUGUUAUGGGUGGCAUGGGAGGUGGUGGAGGAGGUCAAGGUUUUGGUGGUGGUAUGGGUAAUCAGAUGGGCUAUGGAGGAUUUGGAGGGUCUAGUCCUGGAGGAAGGUAUGGAAGUAAAGGUGGAUUUGGCGGAGGUAUGGGUAGUCAGAUGAGCUCAGGUGGCGGUGGCAUGGGAAGGUUUGGAGGUGGUGGCAUGGGAGGAGGAAUGGAAAGUAUGAUUGGUGGAAGUAACUACACUGCUUUUUAACAUCAGGAUUUUCAUUUUAUUGUGUUAUCGUUUUUUUUUGUCUUAUGGUGUAUUCAGAAUGUGUUUGAACAUCUGACAUUUUUCAGUAAUAAUCUUUGCAUACUUUUUCACACGUUUAUAUGAUCUACCAACAAGCUUCAGUUUGAGCUGAAAACAAUUAAGUCAUUGAUAACCUGUUGUGCAUGUCAUUUCAUUUUUGUGAGUAUAAGUAAAGCUAGUUUUUCCUUCAUCAAUGUAUAAAUGAUUAAAAAUGCAAAAAAUGUAUGUUAGUUUCUUUAAAAAAUACAUAAACAGGUAUUGCAUUUUG